CACACGUUCUGUAAAAAAUAAGUGUGACCAGGUAUACUAUUCUGGAAAAUGGUAGCGGAGUUACGUAAAAUUUACAAGCAAAGCAAGUUUAUUCCUUCUCCACCAAGUACCCCCAAUGUGUAAAAAGAAACAAUACAAUGGUAUGGAACAAAAAUGCUGUGGCUUACGCAGCUACUACAAUGGCAGCUACCCUUAUGAAUUCAGUGUUUCAGUUUUAUUAUGUGAAGCUGUUCGUUAACUACUAUAGAAUAUCUACAUAUUGGUUUAACACAGCGCAAUUUAUUUACAUGAUAUGGAAUGCUAUCAAUGACCCCCUGUUUGGAUAUUUUCAGGACUAUUCCAGCUUAGAUUGUUUAAAACACAGACAAUUAAACAUUUUAUAUGGAGCUCCUUUUUUUGCUUUAAGUUUCUUGUUACCAUGGUUUGGUUGGGUAGAUGAAACAUCACCACCCUGGCUAGCUGGUGUUCAUCUUUUGGUAUGCUUGUCUAUUUAUGAUUGUCUUUUUACAUUUGUGCUGCUGGCCCAGUGCAGUCUUUUUGCAGAGAUUUCUACUCAGCACCAUGAAAGGCAAUCAAUGCUGAAAUAUAGUCAAGUUGCUUCAAUCUUUGGAUCAUCUGCUGUGUUGGUUGCUGAAAUUUCUUCAAAUCACAUGGAUGACAUUAAAGGCUUGCAAAUUACCUGUGUGUUUAUUGCAAUUGCAAGCUGGAUGUUACUAACUUACUCAGGAAAAAAUGUUGUUGUGAGUGUUGAUAGACACCAAGCAGACAAAGCACACGAUGAAGGUGACAGUAGCUGGAGUACAGCAUUCAAGACAUCCUUCCAAAUAUUAAAAAAUAGAAACUUUCUUUCCUUUGUCAUUAUGAAUUUUCUUCAGGUGUUUCAUGUGACGUCAUGUGCCAACUUUUUCAGCAUAUUUCGUGAGCUGCUUAUUGGUGUUAACGCGUUACCUUCCGUUGUGCAAAGUAUUGCAGCUGGUUCUGCAUUUAUAUUACCACCGCUUACAGUGUUAAUAAUUCAACCAUUCAUAAAGAAUUAUGGAUCGCACUGGCUUAUAAACUGUUCGUUUAUUAUUAAAAUUGUAAUGGGGAUUAUGCUGUUUUUAAUUGGUUAUGAAUAUCCACUCGUUGUUGCGGUUUUUAUGAUUCUUGAAAGUACAUUUGUUGGUGCUACGUUUGGUUUGUUUAAUUUAUCUGUGUCGGAUAUCAUAGAUGAUGAUCAAAAAAAGAACAAUCGAAGUCAUCCAGUGUCUUCUAUGAUAUUUGGACUAAAUGCUUUAAUUACAAAACCUGCGCAAUCCGUUUCGCCGAUGUUUGUAAUUUACGUAUUAAAUCAAUAUGGAUACCAGACGCGUCAAAAAGGUAAAGAUAAUCAGCCAUUAAAAGAUGUUGUGUUCUCACUCCUGGUCGGCUUACCAAUCAUGGUGGGUUGCUUACAGAUACUAUGCUGGAGAAUGUUCACCCUUGGUAUUGGUAGAGUGGAAGUAAAAAAAGAGAAAUUAAUAUCGCUAUGAAUUUUUUGAAUGUUUUCGAAACAGUUCUCAUAUUUGUGUGAGACAGUAUUGAGUUUUUAAAAUUUCGAUGCGUAGUCUUUGAACAAAGCAAGUGCGAGAUAUAAUAGUCACGUGAUUUAGAGAAACUUUCGAUAGAGGUAAAAUUUCCGCAUUAUAAAGAAUUUCUUCUAUUUCUGUAAUCAAACGAAGAUUUAAAAAAAGGCUGGGAUAUGUUUAUGCGAACAUACAAUCUUGUAUAGUUUUGUUAGCGUUUUUAAUUUUUUUACAGUCACUCACCACUCCCUUACUCACGUUAACAUCAAUUUGAAUGACAUUGCGCGUUUUUCGAUUUCGCCAGGAUUCGAAUUUUUUAUGACGCACCUUAUCGCUAAUUUAUAAAAUUUCUUUUAAAAGUAGGAAAUAUUUUAUAUUAAAAAACGAAAAUAAAAAUGUAAAAUUUAGCUAUCAUAAAUAAAUAGCAGUUUGGGGUAACAAAACUUUGAGAUGUAAUAUGAGACACUGUACACUUUUUCUUGUAAGAAUAUACUUUAUAAAAAUAUCAGACUGGGAUUUUAGGUUAAAACAAUAAGUCCGUUGUUUAGAACAAUGGAGGAACAAGAAUAAUGUCCAACCUGGUUAAAAUUUUGGUAUUCUGAAAGGGCGUGUAUUUUAUCACGAUUUUAUUCAUGUGUUAAAAAAAAAAUUAUAACUUUUUAACUGUAUUUACUAUUAUUUGAAUAAAAAAAUUGUGAAGA